GAAGCAUAGUUAAGUCUCUCGAAAAACAACAAUGUCUCUAGUUCCAAGCCUUUUUGGAGGACGCAGGUCAAACGUUUUCGAUCCGUUUUCUCUAGAUGCAUGGGAUCCAUUUGAAGGACUCUUCACGCCUUCCUCCGCUCGUGACAUUGCAGCUUUCACAAACGCAAGAGUUGACUGGAAGGAGACACCAGAGGCACACGUGUUCAAAGCAGACUUGCCGGGGCUGAAGAAAGAAGAAGUGAAGGUUGAGGUUGAAGACAAGAACAUACUUCAGAUAAGCGGAGAGGGGAGCAAAGAGAACGAAGAGAAGAACGACAAGUGGCACCGUGUGGAGAGGGCAAGUGGGAAGUUUAUGAGGAGGUUUAAGUUGCCUGAGAAUGCGAAGAUAGAGGAAGUGAAGGCGACGAUGGAGAACGGUGUGCUUACGGUUACGGUACCAAAGGCUCCUGAGAAGAAGCCUGAAGUCAAGUCUAUUGAUAUCUCUGGCUAA